GAACGCGGAAUUCGUUCAACGUCAAUGCUCUCGCAGAAUCGCACGCUCCCCUAUUCGGCGAAUGACCGGCGCAUCAGGACCCUUCCUGAGAAGACUUGCGGACUAGACCCGCAGAUCCCGCCGUCGAGAUCGACUUGAACGGUCGGAGACUCGAGACAGCAAGAUGUCGAAGCUCCAGGUGAAGACAGAACUUGCGAGGGAAGUUCUCUCGGAAUUCACAGGAACGUUUCUCCUAUGCCUCAUCAAUGUGGCGGCUCCGUUAAACUUGCUCCUAUCAGGAGUGAAUGACCCUUUCUUGUCGAACGCAUGCAGCGCGUUUGGAGUCUUCCUGGGUAUGGUUUCGGCCAUGUCGAACUCAGCUGCACAUCUUAACCCCGUUGUUUCAACAUCGUUCGCCGCUCGGGGAACGUUCCCCUGGAAAAAAGUGCCAUACUUCGUGAUCGCGCAGUAUCUAGGUGCUUUCGUAGCAGCGGCAGUGACUUAUUUGAAUUUCCUGGAAGCUAUAAACGAGUAUGACGGAGGUGUCCGAGCCUUCGUCGGUGUCAAUGGCACGGGGGGUGGAUUCGCUGCCGUUCCAGCCGAAGGAAUUUCCAUUUCAACUUGCAUAAUGGACACGGUUCUGUGCAGCGCUCUCCUGAUGUUCGCGAUCUGCGCUAUCACGGACAAGUUCAACACCGGAGUCCCUCUUCACCUGUUCGCUCCGUUCGUAGCGUUCUCAGUUUUCGGCAUCGUUUCAACGUUCAGCCACAACUGCUCUGUGAUGAUGAACCCCGCCAGAGAUCUCGGUCCGAGGUUUUUCACGCUGUUAGUGGGCUACGGCACACAGGGUUUCGAAUUCCAUCACGGGCUGUUCUGGGUUGUCGCUGUGAUAGUUCCACACUUCGGAGGUCUCCUGGGAACCCACCUCUACCAUGUGACGAUAGGCCUGCAGAAACCCGGCCAAGAAGAGCGCAUGCAACAGGAUCCGAUUCUCAUGAAGAACUUGUCCAGCUGAUUCCGACCAAUUCCACUCCUUUUAUCAUUCACAUAGCAGCGGGUCAUUCUUGGACGCGCGCUCUUAAUGUUUACCGUAAGCUUUCUUUAAAUCACUGGCCCAUUGGCAAGGGCUACGACUGAGUCCCCAGAGACUCUCCAGAGAUUCCAUGUGAUGACAUAUGUACAUACAUAGCUUCAUACAUUGCCAUUGACGAGCACUGAGUUGCGAGAAAGAG